AUGAAAAGGAAUCGUUCAAGAAAACGAAACUCCCCCGGGAAGGCUCGAACUUCUGAUCCUAGGCAGGUCAGUUUAGACCAGUGGCUUGAGGAUAACGCGGACAGUCAAGGUGCCAAUAGCGGUAUUGUGUUUAGACAAGAGCAGGCUGUUAGACAGAGUUGCACUAAGUCUGAGGUACUUCAACUUAGACGAUCGAGCACAAAGUACCUAACUCGGCGUUCAACCCCACAUUCUCAGCUUUAUAAGGCUACACUGGCAAACCUCGAAGGACAAAUAGCGGUCCGGGUAUUUGAUGCUGCUGUCUAUCGAGCUGAAUAUGAGCAAAAAGCGAUCCCUCACAAAUUCUAG